AUGAAGGCUACGCCGCUCCUCGUCUCUUGGCACAACGAGAAUGCCCCCAUAUACUCGGCACACUUCGAGCCCCAUGGAAAGGCCCGUCUAGCUACUGCUGGAGGAGACAACAAUGUCCGGCUGUGGAAGGUCGAAGCAUCCGGGGAUGAGAGAAAAGUCAUCUAUCUUUCCACCCUCGUAAAGCACACACAGGCUGUGAAUGUGGUCCGAUGGAGCCCUCGGGGUGAGAUCCUCGGUAGUGCCGGAGACGACGGCAACAUCCUCUUAUGGGUUCCCGCUGAGAAUCAAUCACAUCCGGCUACAUUUGGCGAAGAUGGUCUAGAAGAUAAGGAGACAUGGCGGGUCAAGCAUAUGUGCCGCUCCAUGGGUUCGGAAAUUUACGACAUGGCGUGGUCUCCGGAUGGUGCAUUCUUCAUCACAGGCAGCAUGGACAACAUUGCGAGGAUAUACAACGCUCAGACAGGAAACUGUGUUCGACAAAUCGCCGAGCACAGUCAUUACGUGCAAGGCGUAGCCUGGGACCCUCUCAACGAAUACGUCGCAACCCAAUCCUCCGAUCGAUCCGUACACAUAUACACGCUGAAGAACAAGGAUGGUCAUUUUUCGUUGGCCCAACAUAGCAAAGUCUCGAAGAUGGAUUUGCCAGCCCGGCGAAUAUCUUCGAACAGUCCGGCGCCUCCAGACUUCGGAGGUCGAGCUUCUUUCCCUACACACGAAUCGACACUCGCUAUCGGAUCACCUGUGCCUUCAGCACCAGGCACUCCGAACUCUCUGGCUCUGCCAAUGAACCCACCGCCGAUGUCCCAUAGCCGCCGCUCUUCCUUUGGUUCGUCGCCAUCGAUGCGCCGAUCUGUUUCUCCAGCCCCGUCCAUGCCUCUACCAGCGGUGAUGCCAAAUUCUCCCAGCAUUUCAAAUCUUGGAGUUGGAGUUCGGAAUGCGCCGAUUUACGCCAAUGAGACUUUCACAUCCUUCUUCCGCCGCCUUACAUUCGCCCCAGAUGGUAGUCUGCUGUUCACACCAGCCGGACAGUACAAGACUCUGCACCCGUCAUUGAGCGAGCUCGCCAAAGGAUCUGACGAUAUCAUCAACACUGUAUACAUUUACACUAGAGCGGGACUGAAUAAGCCACCAAUCGCGUACCUUCCGGGACACAAAAAGCCCUCAGUUGCCGUGCGAUGUUCGCCUAUCUACUACACACUCCGUCAGCCGAUUCUUACAACCAAGCAAAUCACGAUAGAUACUACGUCUGCCGAAGAUGAGAUUCCAGCGCUACCCGAACCAGCUCUGCCAUCUAAACUGCCUCCUUCUAACUCAGCAAUGGAUCCACCUCCGCUUACUAGUGCUCCUUCGCCAUCGCCGAGUAUGACCGCUGGUUCCCCCAGGCCUUACGAUUCAGAUGCUGCCACUCCAGGUAGUGUACCUUCUGGACCUCCUUCGGCUUUCAAUCUUCCCUACCGAAUGGUCUAUGCUGUUGCAACACAAGACGCGAUUCAUGUGUAUGAUACGCAACAACAGAAGCCGUUGUGUGUCGUCAGCAACCUUCACUUCUCUACCUUUACUGAUUUGAGCUGGUCUAACGACGGCUUGACACUGCUAAUGUCAUCCUCCGAUGGAUUCUGCUCUGCCUUGACUUUUGCACCUGGCGAAUUAGGCCAAGUAUAUCACGGCCCGAUGCCAUCACAGGCGAAACAUCACCACACGCCAUCUUCCAUUAAUACCGCCAAUGCUGCUUCCUCGAACAACUCUACUCCAACACCAACUCCGACCUCAGCAUCGAUACCGACCUCGGUAACGCCAGGCGCAGUACCUAUGCAAAAGCAACCCUCGGCCGGCUUCCCCGCAUCUCCAUCAUCAUUUGCUCCAGCUCGACCUGGGAGCCCGACUAGGAGCAACUCUGUUUCUAGUGUGGCAACUAUCUCUUCCCUCCAAGCGUCAGGAACAGGUGGCGCAUCUGGCGUUGCUCCAAGCCCUGGCGGCAGCGUCACCAUCGAUCACGGUGUCGUCUUGAAUCACUCUACCCCCGUCAUGUCAACUGUACCUAGCGUCGCCGCUACAAACUCUAGCACUGUAGGUGGGAUGCCCAUGUGGACACCGCCCAUGACGCCUGCACAGGGUGGUGGAAACACUCAUAGCGCGUCCAGCUCCGUUUCUGGCUUUGUCGGCGGCGCGCCGUGGGUUGAUGGAACCAGCAUCAGCGCACUAGACAACUCAAGGCGGGAAAGCGAGAGCGAGAGGAGCGGACGCGCAGAAAGCGUCGCCUCGAGCGUGAAGCGUAAUGCGGACGCCAUCCCAACGACAGAAGACAGGGCGGGUAAGAGGCGGCGAGUUGCGCCUACACUUGUCAGCAACGGUGGGAUGGAGCAUGACGGCGGUGCGCCUCCUCCGUCCGAGUAA